CGCAGUCGUCGUCAUACGGUGAACAGACUUCGGUGGCGAUAGGCGUACAUAUACGGGUUCGUUUCCUCAAGUGGCUCAGCACUGUGAGGAAAAACCUUUUGCUCUCUCGGUGUGUGGUGAACAGACAUUUUGAAAAGCUUCAUGCGUAGAAAAAUUUAUAUUGUCGAAUAAGGCAAGCAAAUUCAGUUUAGAUAGUGAGAAAACAUUCAAAAAUGGUGAAAACCUGUGCUGAUGGCGAAAAGUGAACAAUUAAUGCAUCGUUUGUGCUCUAUUGGUGGAAAACUUGGAUGCACUAGUUCCAAGCCCAGUAUUGAUUUUUCAUUUUCUCCUGAUGGUAUAAUUUUAUGUUCAAAGCUGAGAAACUUGUCGCAUAUGGCGUUGGUGAAUCAAGGUAAAUGUUGAAGUUUUCUGACUCAAGUGUGCUAAUACUCCAUCGUAUGAAUGAGGACAAACAGUAAAACGUUAAAAGGAGAUAAUUUUAGCAGUGAACGCAAUAUUUGGUGGAGAUAAGAAAAUUGGCAUGUUUCUUCAUUAUCUCGGCUCGACAGAAGUCUGUGUGGUCGUCGUGCAUCGUAAAUGAGCUUUCCCGAAGAUUUAACUUUGUUCAAUCAUACGUCUACCCCCAUGAAAUGCUCUGUUGCUUUGUGGUAGAGGAAAAGUGGAAAUAAACAUUGAGGGUGAAUCGAAUGUGUUGGUGAGUGAUGUUCGCCUCUCAAAAGAGAACAGUGAUGAUGAAUCAAAAACAGCUGUGUAUACAUAAAAUAAACAGUGCAGGUUGGUUGGUGUAGUGUGUUAAGUGGGUGAUAACAGAAAAAUAACACAUCCAUCAGAUCAGUGAAAUACACAACCACACACGCUCAGAGUACAAGUUCUAAUAAUAGUGAGUGAAGAAAAUCAUCUACGUUGAGCCCAGCAGCUCUCGCAUCAAGCAUCUCAGCACUAUAGCGCAUUUCUCCAACCCGUCGACGCGGUGGGAGCUUACUGAAAAAAACACGGUGCAGUGUGUACCCAUAAUACAAAACACACCACCCACCCAGCCAGCACAGAUCUAGAUAAAUUUAAUUCAGCCUACAGCCGCCCGCACCAGCGAAACGCCAAAAUUCGACGGGUAUGCUAUUUAAUGGACACAAGGGGACGCCAAAGUGUCGUCUAUGGCCGAAUCCGUUGGUAAGCAAGUGCUCUCUGCAGUGACGGAGGGGCAUCAUAAUCACCAACAGCAGCAGCAGCAACAUCAUCGGAGUCAUCAACAGUCAACAGCAGCAGCGGCAGGCGCCAGCAGUAGUAGUAAUAGUGGUAGCCGAAGGUCUAAGGUUAGAUCUUCGCAGAAGCAAGCUUACAAGCAGGAAAAACAGUUAGAAUCACGAGGUAAUAUCAGUCAUCGCUCCGACACGGAUACCCGACAGACCAGUGGUAGUAGAAAGCGAAAACACGUGGAAGACGACAGAUCUAAACAGCACUUGAGUCACGUGUUGACGAGGGAACAUAGUACGACGCCAUCUCCGAUAGCUUUUAGAACACGUUCAAGAACCGUAUCGAAGGAAAUACCACUAGGUGGCAACAGAAGUAGAAGUAGUAGUAAUAGUAAGGCACAACAACCACCGGUUGAUUUCCGGAAUAGGUUACAGAAGGUAACACGUCUAAUCCCCGAUUCAUCCGUUCAUGAUAGUACAAAGAACUCGGUCAGAUCGAUAUUAACUACGUCACCUAGUGCGUCGACGCUUUCAUACACGUCGUCACUGCUGUCAACGCUUUCGGCCAGUUCAUCUCUAUCUUCGCUAACGGGAGUGAUUGGCUCCUGUUCAACUCCAUCGACACAAACCAGGCAACAGGAUCAAGUGGACUGUGGUCGCAGCAGUGACAGUAGCAGCCGUGGAGCUAGUAUCAGUUCCGUCGCCUCCUCGUCACGUUCGAUCAAAAAAACCAAGCGCAAGAAGGGUAGCGGCUCGAAACUGUCGAAAAAAGUAGUAGAGCAACUUUUCAAACAGGAGCCAACAUUAGACGAAUACAGGCCUGGUAGAAGUUGCUCACGGAAGAGUAAGUCUACAGGUCAGCAGUCGGUAAAUACGGUGGAAGAGGGACGAAAUUUGCGCUCCCAUCACCACCAGUAUCCGGAAGCGGAAACAAGUGUAGUAGUAACAGCGGCAGUAGUUCCGAAAAAGCGACAGAAAGUGGGGGACCAACAUCCGGACAGUUCGGGCAGCAGCCAUAAAGCCCCGAACCUGGGGGCACGUCUAGCUCGUAGCAGCGGAGGUAGGGAGCCCCAUAAUCACCAUCAGCAACAUCAUUCCGGUAGUCACCUUGGUAGCGCCAGUAGUGGUAGUAGCAGUAGUGGUAGUCACAACAGCACACAGGGGCACCUACCUAGCGGCCUGCUAAGACGCAGUUCUCGUGGCAAAGGUUCUCAUCAAUCCGCAACAACGGGUUCUUGUGUCAGUUCGAACACCGCCAAUCCCAACCAGAGCCAGCAACAGCCACAAUCGUCGCAAUCUUCACGCUCGGGCAGCCAUCGUGGUGGUGGUUCCGGUAACGCUUCGGCCAACAGUCACGGCGGGGCUGGAACUUCUGGUGCAACUGCCAAGGGUUCGUCUUCGAAAAGCGGCUCUUUCUCCUCGGUGGCGGCCAACAAUAACAAUUCUAACCUGUUCGGGUCCGUAGCCGGAGGAAGUGCAACCGGGUACGAUCCAUCCACAGCGGUUCCAGGUCCUUCGAACACAGCAAUGGCCAAUGAUGGCUCGCGCAGCAGCAGCAAUAACAACAACAGCAGCAGUGAUCAUCAGCACCACCAUCAGCAGAGCUCGUCCGGUUCGUCACACCCGUUCAUCAAGCUGCAUAAGACCACCAGUCUUGGAUCAUCCACGGCCAGCUCGUCGGCUCCGAUCGAUGUGAAUAUGAUAAAUGUGGCCAAUGCCGGUGCUUCCGCUGCUGGUAGUACCUCGAAUUCGUCCGGCUUGACAACGACCACCACUGUCGUCCCACACCCGGAUUCCGAGAGUGAUGAUAGCGAAGUUGGCCGACUACAGGCUCUGCUAGAGGCCAGAGGCCUUCCGCCACAUUUGUUCGGUGCUCUGGGUCCGAGAAUGCAUCACUUGCUGCAUCGUACGAUGGGUGCAAAUAGCAGCUCAAAAGCUCAACAGCUGCUACAAGGACUACAGUGUCAGGACGAGAGCCAACAGCUGCAAGCCGCUAUCGAAAUGUGCCAAAUGUUGGUGAUGGGUAACGAAGACACACUGGCCGGAUUUCCGAUCAAACAGGUAGUUCCGGCUUUGAUUACACUGCUGCGCAUGGAACAUAAUUUCGACAUCAUGAACAAUGCGUGUCGUGCGCUUGCGUACAUGCUGGAAGCCUUGCCACGAUCAUCCGGAACAGUGGUUGAUGCAAUCCCAGCUUUUUUGGAAAAACUUCAGGUUAUUCAGUGUAUGGAUGUGGCAGAACAGAGUCUAACAGCUUUGGAAAUACUUUCGCGUCGUCACAACAAAAGUAUUCUGCAGGCCAACGGUGUCUCCGCUUGCCUGACCUAUUUGGAUUUCUUCUCGAUCAAUGCUCAACGUGCAGCACUUGCCAUCACCGCAAAUUGCUGCCUCAAUCUGCACUCGGAGGAGUUUCACUUUGUUAAGGAAUCACUGCCACUUUUGGCAAGGCUGUUGUCGCAACACGACAAGAAAAGCGUUGAAAGUAUAUGUACAGCAUUUUAUCGUCUGGUUGACAGCUUCCAGCAUGAUCCGACGGUUUUACAGGAGAUUGCAAGUAUGGAGCUACUGAAGAAUUGUCAACAAUUAUUGGUGGUCACCCCAUCGGUGUUGAACUCCGGUACAUUCACCAACGUAGUUCGAAUGUUGAGUGUGAUGUGUGCUAAUUGUCCGGAUUUGGCAAUCACACUGCUAAAGAACGAUAUUGCUUCAACACUGCUCUAUUUGUUGACCGGUUCCGCUGAACCCGUUACCGCAGACGUUGAAUUGGUACCACGUAGCCCUUCGGAGCUGUAUGAAAUUACCUGCCUGAUUGGAGAGCUGAUGCCAAGACUUCCGACAGAUGGAAUCUUUGCAGUUGAUUCGCUUUUGGAACGUACCCAAGCUAAUGUGCAGGACGCUGUCCAAUGGCAGUGGAAGGAUGACCGCGGUGUGUGGCGUCCGUAUUCUUCGAUCGAUUCCCGAAUGAUCGAAGCGGCUCAUUUAAAUACCGACGAUGAAAUUAGUUUGAGCACACUGGGACGCACUUACACCAUCGACUUUCACUCAAUGCAACAAAUCAACGAAGACACCGGCACAACUCGGGCUGUUCAGCGUAAAAUUAAUCAUACAUUGUUAUCGCAACAGCAAGGAACGAUGAUUAUAACAGCUGGACCGAUGGCUACCGUUGCUUCCGUCACGUCGAAUGAAACUGGCGAAAGCGGGUCAGUUGCAACAGCUUUGGUGAAUGCCAGCGGGACUGGUUGUGUGAAUCUGGCAACGCGACCCCCGAAUGCCACCCGUGAUGCUCGGAUAGCUUGCCUGAAGGAAGAGCGCGGACUUGCCGCGGAAUUCAUAAAAAAUCUUUUCUCCGUUUUGUACGAAGUUUAUAGUUCUUCAGCAGGACCCUCGGUUAGAUAUAAAUGUCUACGUGCUCUGCUACGGAUGGUCUACUUUGCAAACGGGGAUUUGCUGCGAGAAGUUUUGAAAAAUCAGCUCGUGUCGUCGCAUAUUGCUGGUAUGAUGGCUUCUAACGAUCUCAGAAUUGUGGUUGGAGCGCUGCAGAUGGCAGAAAUUUUGAUGCAGAAGCUUCCCGAAGUGUUCGGGAUGCAUUUUCGGCGGGAAGGUGUUAUGCAUCAGAUUAAUCAGUUAACAGACCCAUCGAUUCCAAUCUGUGCAGCUCCGUCUCCAAAAUCGGGAGCCCAAAGUGCUCCCUCUUCAGCCACGAUUCACCCACACACAACGUUCGACUUUGAUAGUGCCAUUGCCUCAAGUUCAAAGACCAGCUCCCAAGCGAUAGCCAUCGUCGGUGGGGCCGGUUCCCACGUGAAAAACCUUAAUUCUGCAAUGAUGAUGGCUAGCAAGAUGAGCAUGUCGAUGCCAUCGACCAGUUCUACGCUGCUACACUCACCAACAACCGCCAAUCUGCCCGGCACAUCCGGUAGUUUCACUGCGAUUAAUUUGAACGCAUCCACCAAAGCACUUCAUCACAAUCAUCACCACCAUCAACAGCAGCAGAUGACUACUAGCACACUGCAUCUGGAAUCGUUGGCUACUAAUAUGCAGCCCAACAACAUCCCGGGAGCGAUCGCAUCUCCCAACAAUGGAAACAUUCUCCUGAACGCUAUUUACAAUUCAGCUAUUCCAAUCAAUCAACCGCCAACGCACCACCACCAACCGGAGGCUGGAUCCAGCAAACAAACGCACCUUUAUCAAACUCACCAUUUCCCAGAUACCUUUGCAUACAAUGCCGAACAGGGCAUUCUCACAUCUCCACUCUCGGUAGCAUCCGGUGCUGGAGCUACGCUUGUUGCCUCAACGGUAGCAGCCUCCCAUCACGACACUCGAUCUCAUAGUCCAGGCCAGCUGAAGGUUUCCGAUAUUCUGAAGCGUAAAGUUCCACCCAAACGAAAAUCGCAGAGCAGUUCAAAGUCCAAAUCUCGUCAUGAUGAUCCCGGAAGUUCAACCACUGGCACUGCCCAUGCACUGACAAGUGGAUCCACCUUAACGUCAACAUCCACAUCGUCUACAACUUCAUCCGUGAUGCAGGAACUAAUUAACAAGGCUACCACGUUGGGAUCUUCUUCCGGCAGGAACACACCAUCAUCCAGCUCCCGCUCACGAUUUUCCGGUGCUUCGUCAAAGACAACAUCCUUCCUGGCAUCACUGAACCCUGCUCGUUGGGGCCGACAGUCCUCGUCCUCGUCGUCACAUCAUUCCGGAACUACUUUCGGGAAAGACGGGUCCAACGCGUUGGCUAAAAGCCAAUCCAAUUCCAACCUGAUUGCUGCAGGAAAUCGCGAAAAGGCCCGCCAAUGGAUACGCGAGCAGUCAAUCAAUUUCGUGAAUAGAUACUCCACGGAUGGAAUUAGCGCUGCGGGUGGUUCUCAGCAUCCGGCGUGUUCGAUUUUGUCUCGUUUAACAGGAGCCAUUCAGAAGCUGGAAGGUCAUCAAAACGAUUGUCUAGCCGCACUCAAAGAGCUGCGCGACAUUCUGAUACAGAGCGACAUAUCUCCGUUCGAGGUGAAUCACUCAGGAUUGAUCCGUGCAAUGCUAAACUAUAUGGCCAACGACGCGAAUCAACUGGUCGAACGGGCGGUUCGACUGCGGAUGUUUUUGCACGUGUUCGCCAACCUUCCGUUGGAUGCCGGCUAUUACAGCAGCGUUGCUCCGUCGAUCAACAGCGCACCGUUCAGUGCGUUCGUAGCCAAGUUGAAUGGGUGCGUCACGCAGUUGGAGCAAUUUCCGGUUAAGGUGCACGAUUUCCCCGCCGGUGUGGGUGGCAGAUCGAAUACAAGUGCUCUUAAAUUUUUCAACACGCAUCAACUAAAGUGCAAUCUCCAGCGUCAUCCAGAGUGUACGAAUCUACGACAGUGGAAGGGUGGCACCGUGAAAAUAGAUCCCCUUGCUUUGGUUCAGGCAAUCGAGCGCUAUUUGGUUGUUCGUGGUUACGGUGGUAUACGGGUGGAUAGUGAGGAAGAUUCCGAGGAGGAUAUCGACAACAUCGAUGCAGCUGCGAUGAUAUCGAUGGGAGGAUUGAAACACAAACUGCAGUUUCUAAUCGGGGAGCACGUGCUGCCGUAUAACAUGACGGUCUAUCAGGCCAUUCGUCAGUAUUCGCCUUUGGUGAACGAUCAAUCCGAAACGGAUACCGAUACCGAGACACCAAUUGGAAGCGCCAGUAUUUGGGUACAGCAACACACAAUCUUCUACCGUCCGGUGGAAGAAGAUGCAACCGGAACGUCCAAAAGCGGAGCCUCCAGUUCGUCCAGGAAAAACAGCAAAAACUCGCAGUCGAAAAUUAUGCGUAGAAAGCCAGAGUUUUGGAAUGAUGGCGUUGCCCCGGCGCUUGUGUCCUCUCUGACGCCGUUCCUGGCGUCGAAGCUGCCCGAUGUGGUUACCGUGCAGGAUGCUUCCCUCGAUGCACUUUGUAUGCUGCGAAUCAUAAACGCCCUCAAUCGACAUUGGGCUACGUUAUACUUCUCGGUACCGCAGGUCCAUAUCGUUUCCCAGACGGAGUUUAUUCAUUCGAAGAUUGCUGCCAAAGCUAGCCGCCAGCUGCAGGACCCGUUGGUAAUCAUGACUGGCAAUCUGCCCCAGUGGCUGCAGCAGAUUGCAGCUGCCUGUCCAUUCCUGUUCCCAUUCGAAACACGCCAUCUGCUAUUCUACGCAGUCUCGUUCGAUCGUGAUCGGGCGUUACAGCGUCUUCUCGAUACCACACCGGAUCUGAAUUCGGCAGACACCAGCGAGCGGGUCACGCCCCGUUUAGAUCGGCGCAAACGUGCCAUAUCGCGUGAGGAUAUUCUCAAACAGGCAGAAUCGAUCUUCCAGGACUUUGGCCAUUCGAAGGCUCUACUGGAAAUUCAGUACGAGAACGAAGUCGGUACCGGUCUUGGUCCUACGCUGGAGUUUUACGCUCUGGUCUCAACGGAGCUACAACGCUGUGAUCUAGGAUUAUGGAAUGACAGUGACAGCUACAAGAACAACAACCAGCAAUCGAGCUCGAUUGCGGAUAAUAUUGUCAAGUCGUCACUGAAUCAGAUCGACGAUGAUACGACCACGACCAACACUACGACUGCCACGUUUAACAGUAGCGCAACUACGACUACGAAUCGAUCGUCGCUAUCGCCGACGGGAACGCACAAUCAGCAGGAUAGUGAUCACAAUGUCAGUGAUAGCAGUUUCGUGAUUAGCAACGACAACUCAUUGAACAUGCUGAUUGAGCAAUCGGACAAUCUGUUGAUCAACAAUCCCCAGCAAGCUGAGCUGGAGAACAAUCAGACGCCACCUCCACCGAACCAUCAGCACAUGUCACUGCUAUCGCCCACAUCCGCUGGUAGCAGUGCGAGCCUGUCCUAUGUCAAUGCACCCCACGGGUUGUUCCCGAUUCCGCUUAGCAAAACGGCGAAAACUUCGCAGAUCUCACGCUUAAAGUACAAGUUCAAAUUUUUAGGCAAAUUUAUGGCUAAAGCUGUGAUGGAUAGCAGAAUGCUUGAUUUACCGUACUCGAUACCAUUUUACCGGUGGUUGUUGGCAGAGGAGAACUCACUUGGUCUACCCGAUCUCGGCCAGGUUGCACCUGAAGUACAGGGAACUUUGCUACGUCUGAAUGAGAUUGUGAAACUGCGCGACCAGGUUCAAAGUGAUCCCACCCUGGAUGCCAUGGAGAAGACUGAAAAGAUUGAAGCCCUCGACCUGGACGGUUGCCCGAUUGCUGACCUCGGCCUGGACUUUGUUUUACCGGGCCAUCCCAACAUUGAACUGCGUCGUGGUGGUCGAGAUAUGCCUGUCACUAUUCACAAUCUACAUCAGUAUAUUUCGUUGGUAUCGCACUGGUUCCUGCUGGAGGGCGUUUCGCGGCAAUUUGAAGCUCUGAGAGAAGGAUUCGAUUCGGUCUUCCCGGUUAAUCGGCUACGCAUGUUCUACCCGGAGGAACUGGAAAGUGUAUUCUGUGGUUCCGGAUUGAACGCAGCAACUCACAACCGUUGGGAUGUCCGUAUGCUGGUCGAAUGCUGCCGGACGGAUCACGGGUUCACGCAAGACUCGCAAGCCAUUCAGUUCUUCUACGACAUUCUUAGCACCUACAAUAGAGAGGAGCAGCGCUUGUUCCUACAGUUUGUCACUGGUAGUCCACGGCUGCCGACGGGUGGCUUCAAAGCCCUUACCCCAGCGUUGACUAUCGUACGCAAAAAGAUGGACGGUAAUCAGAACCCAGAUGACUAUCUGCCGUCGGUUAUGACCUGUGUAAACUAUCUCAAACUGCCGGAAUACUCUAGUCGGGAGGCAAUGAGGCAGAAGUUGAAAGUGGCGGCUAGCGAGGGUAGCAUGAGUUUCCAUCUAUCCUAGACGCUUCGGUGUGUAGAGUAUACAAUCACGGAUACCACAGAAGAAGAGAAAGAGGAAAAAACGAUGGACAGAAUGGAUUUAAUGCUAGUCGCAAUGCGUGUUUUUCGCUUUCAUUAGUUUUGUUUUUCGAAUGAGUUGAAUAAUGAAUAUGGUGGUUCGAGUUAGGGUCAUCGAGGUUAGCACUUACACAAACAGAAAUGCGCAAUACCGUUCGUUUUAACCAAAUAAAACUAGUGAAGUGAAUUCAUACUGAACGAGAAAGUGUAUAUAUAGGAAAGAGAGGUUAUGUUAUUUUUGAAGUCUGACUGUUCUUUAUUUUUGAAAAGGAUUCCUUCAAUGGAAAACCUUUCGGUUGUUCACGGUUUAUGCAUAACUAUUGCAAAUGUGAAAUUUAGAGCAAAUAAACCUGGCGGGUGAUGUUUAUGAAGAGGAAAAUGAUAAUAAAACGCCAUGUCCCACCGGUAGAGCAGAAAUUCUUAACUUUAUUAGGACAUUUUUCCUUGACUCGAUCAUUAUCAUCAGGCUGUUUAUUUUUUGUUUGUUUAUUUUUAAACUGUAAUGAAUACUUUCUUUUUUAGUUCUAAUUUCAUUUUUUUUCGCUAAGGGAUAGUGUGGCAAUAAGUCUAGCCGCACGACAGUGAGAGAUAGCAAAGAAACGCCACAGUGCAAUGUAUAAAACUAAUAAAGAAAUACUUAUGGUACGCCCCAUAUUUCCCCUCUCCAGUAGCUACAUCAAACAUACUACGCAGGACGGCGAAAGGAAAAGUAACCUAUAAUCACAUACAAACAGAAACAAGUGACAAGUUUAACAAAUGACGUAACUCAAACUUUUCAGUGUACGUUCUAGCUUACCUUCUAGCUACAAUAUUUGUUUGUUUGGAAAAAAAAUAUCAACUAGCUAUAACUAAUCUGGUGAUGUGACAGCGGUGAUCCUUUUUUUCGACAUUCUUACAAAUUAUAGUGGAGUUAUUAAACAAUCCAGUUUAUAACGGGACAUCCUAUAAGAACUACAAAAAUUAUCAGACAUGCUUUCGGACUCGGUAACGCAGUCGCAAAAUCAGUCGACAGAUGACGAUGACUAUUAUGGUCCCGACUCGAUUGUACAUUAUUCGUUCUGGACAUACCACGAACCAAUACAAAACAAGCAAAGCAAAGUAAUACAAAAAAAACAAUAUUUAAUAGAAAUGUAUGGUAAAUAACAAAGGUUUAUAACCAUUUAUUGUAACAAAACAAACGACAAACAAAAACGGUUGGUAGGCAUUACAACUAGCGUGCGUGAGUGCUUUCGUUCGCAAGAUAGGAGUGUGGAGAAAAAUAAUAACCUUUUUUUUUUGAGAUGUGAGGCACAUAAAUCUUAUAGUUUCAAAACUUGUGUGUGAGCAACAGGUUUGCAUGAUAAGUGUGUUAGUAGUGAUUGUGGUCAGAAGUGUUACGAGUACAAUAUUGAUAACGAUAAUGAUAAUAACAAUAAUCAGUAUGAAUUAAUUGAAUAUCUGAA